AUGACAACCUAUGCUAUAUAUUAUUGUAUUAUUGGAGCCAGUAUGUUUGUUUUAUCAACUAUACAGGUAGCAUUUUGGACAAUGGCUUGUGAAAGACAAACCAAUAAAAUACGUAAAGCGUUCUUUCAGUCUAUCUUACGUCAAGAUCAGGGUUGGUUUGACCAGCAUCAGAGUGGGGAAUUAACUACAAGAUUAUCUGAUGAUUUAGAGAGGAUAAGGGAAGGAAUUGGUGAUAAAUUUAGUUUGUGUAUCCAGUUUGUGGCACAAUUUAUCUCAGGGUUUGCUAUAGGCUUUACUAAAAGUUGGAAGUUAACAUUAGUUAUGAUGUCUCUAACACCAUUAUUAGCUGUUUGUGCUGCAUUUGUAGGAAAGUUGGUAGCAUCUUAUUCUAAAAAAGAACAGACAUCCUAUGCUCAAGCUGGUAGUGUUGCUGAAGAAGUUCUAUCCUGUAUCCGGACUGUCACAUCAUUUAAUGGACAAAAGAAAGAAAUUAAUAGAUAUGCGACAUCAUUAGAAGAAAGUAAAAGAUUGGGUAUUAAAAAGUCAGUAGUUGUAGGACUAGGUGUUGGACUCACCUUUGUAGCAACUUUUGGUGCCUAUGCUCUUGCAUUUUGGUAUGGUUCAACAUUAGUCAAUGAUUUCCAGAUUAGUAAUGGUGAAGAUGGUAUAGAUCCUGGUACAGUUAUGACUGUAUUUUUCUGUGUCAUGGUAGCAUCUAUGGCUCUUGGUAGUGCUAGUCCACAUGCUAGUGCUGUAGCAACAGCAAAAGGGGCUGCUGCCGUUGUUUUGGAUGUUAUAAAUAGAGUUCCACCAAUAGAUUCAACAUCAGAAUUAGGAACUAAACCUGACAGAGUUAAUGGUAAAAUAGAUUUUGUUGGUGUAGAUUUUUCUUAUCCAACUAGAUCCAAUGUCAAGGUAUUAAAGAAUUUUAAUAUUAGUAUAGAACCAGGACAGACUGUAGCUCUGGUUGGUGCUAGUGGAUGUGGUAAAUCAACUACUGUUAAUAUGAUACAGAGAUUUUAUGAUCCAACAGUUGGCAGUGUAUAUCUAGAUGGUCACAAUCUAAAAGACAUCAAUAUAAAAUGGUUGAGACAGAAUAUAGGUGUAGUGUCACAGGAACCAAUAUUAUUUGGUCGAUCAAUAGCAGAAAAUAUCCAACUGGGUGAAAUGUCUGUGACCUACAAUCAGAUAGUGCAGGCAGCUAAAGAUGCCAAUGUACAUGAUUUUAUUAAUGGAUUACCUCAGGGAUAUGAAACUCUGGUGGGAGAAAGAGGUGCUCAGUUAUCAGGAGGACAAAAACAAAGAGUGGCUAUUGCUAGAGCUUUAGUUAGAAAUCCCAGAAUUCUCCUCUUAGAUGAAGCUACAUCAGCUUUAGAUUCCACUAGUGAAAAGGUUGUACAAGAUGCUUUAGAAAAGGCAAGGAAAGGUCGAACUACAGUAGUAGUAGCCCACAGACUAUCAACUAUACAGAAUGCUGAUUUAAUCUAUGUACUAGAGAAUGGUAUAUUAGUUGAACAAGGUAGACAUGAGGAACUUAUGGCUAGACAAGGUGUCUACCAUCAACUCGUUACUCUACAAACUAUCGGUGAUAUGAAAGACAAUGAAGAUGAUGAUGAGGAACCAACCUUAAAACCAAGUUUUUCCAAAAUAUUAAAGUCCAAUGCUCCAGAGUGGCCAUUUAUUGUAAUGGGUUGUAUAGUUUCAUCUUUAAAUGGAGCUCUGAUGCCGUUAUUUGCCUUCUUUUUAAGUGAAAUUAUCAAGACGUUUGGUUAUACUGGUCAGAAGUUAUUAGAUGAAGGUAUAUUUUGGAGUUUGAUGUUUUUAGGUCUUGGAGUAUGUUCAUUCAUGUUUAAUCUUAUUCAGAAUGUGAGUUUUGGUUCAUCUGGUGAGAAGUUAACAGCUAGACUUAGAUUACAAUGUUUUCGAUCUCUGGUACGUCAAGAAAUAUCUUAUUUUGAUGAUCCUAAACAUUCUACUGGAGCUUUAACCACUAGACUUGCUACGGAUGCCUCUAUGGUGAAAAAUGCUACUGGUAUAAGAAUAGGUAUUAUGUUACAAUCUGCAGUGAGUUUAAUAGCAGGAAUAACUAUUGGUUUUGUCUAUGGUUGGAAACUAGCUCUAGUCAUUUGUGCUGCUGUUCCUAUCAUGGCAUUGGCAGGUGCUCUUCAUAUGAAAACUUUAUCGGGGGGACAGAAAAAAGAUGCUGAGUUAUUAGAAGAAGCUGGCAAAACAUCAAGUGAAGCUGUAGAAAAUGCUAGGACUGUUCAGUCUCUGACCAGAGAAAAACAUUUCUAUGAUAGAUAUGCUCAGAUGUUGUUGAAACCAUUCCAGGCCAAUAUGAAACACGCUGUUGUCUAUGCUAUAGCUUAUGGUUUCUCUCAAGGAGUGAUAUUUCUACUGUAUGCUGGUGCCUUUAGAUUUGGUGCCUAUUUAGUAGCUAUAAAUGAUAUGGAACCUGACAAAGUAUUUAGGGUAUUCUUCGCUAUAGCUUUUACUGGGUUAGCUGUAGGGCAGGCAACAUCUUUCCUACCAGAUUAUUCCAAAGCCAAGCUAUCAUCAGCAUACAUCUUCAGGAUUCUAGCUACGUUCCCUGGUAUAGAUAUAUUUAGUGCUAGAGGACAGAGACCUGUGUCUUUGAAAGGAGAGAUUGAAUUACGUAAUGUAGAAUUUACCUAUCCAUUACGACCGGAUGUCAAAGUAUUACAGGGGCUAAGUUUAAAGGUGGAAGCUGGCCAAACAGCAGCACUGGUUGGUGUCAGUGGUUGUGGGAAAUCAACAGUUAUCUCCCUUAUACAGAGAUAUUACGAUCCUUUACAUGGAGAAAUAACUAUAGAUGGUAUACCAGUUAACACUAUGCAUCUACUUACAUUGAGAUCAUUUAUAAGUGUUGUUAGUCAAGAACCUAUAUUAUUUGACUGUAGUAUAAAAGAUAAUAUAUGUUAUGGUCUAGAAGAAGAUAUACCAAUGGACAGAGUUAUACAAGCUUCUAGGACUGCUAAUGCUCAUGAUUUUAUUAAUAGUCUACCAUUGGGUUAUGAUACAAUGGUAGGUGAGAAGGGUGCUCAGUUAUCAGGAGGACAAAAACAAAGAGUGGCUAUUGCUAGAGCUUUAGUUAGAAAUCCCAGAAUUCUCCUCUUAGAUGAAGCUACAUCUGCCUUAGAUACAGAGAGUGAAAAGGUUGUGCAAACAGCUUUAGAUAAUGCUCAAGAAGGUAGAACAUGUAUAGUUAUCGCACAUAGAUUGUCUACAAUACAAAAUGCUGAUAUUAUAUAUGUUAUUGACAAUGGUAUUGUGUCUGAACAGGGUACACAUCAACAACUUCUAGAAAACAAUGGUGCAUACGCUAAAUUAGUUAGAGGACAAAAAUUUAAAUAA